UUUCGUGUUGUAAGCUGCGAUAGCAGCGUAGCUCACUAGAAAUGAGCGACCCAGCGAACUAUAUUUUCGCGAAACGGACAGGCGAAGUCCUUGUAAAGCUCCCCGGCAGCAUCAAUGGGAAUGGCUUCAAGCUCGACACGUUGCACGACUGCGAGGUGUACAUACUCGACCACACAAGCCAAGUGCAGGUUGACGAUUGCGUCAACUGCAAAAUCUUCAUAGGCCCCACUGACGGCUCCGUGUUUGUACGCGACUGCCGCGACUGCACCCUGUGUGUGGCCGCGCGCCAGCUGCGCACACGCGACUGCACCCGACUGGACAUUGCCCUGUACUGCGCCACGCAGCCCAGCAUAGAGACCAGCACCCACAUCCGCUUCAGUUGCUGGCGCGGCGCAUACCCGGGCUUGGCGCAGCACUUCAGCGAUGCCAAGCUGGACCCGACCAAGAACACCUGGAUGCAGGUGUAUGAUUUCAACUCCAAGGACGACCUGGGCGCGCCGCACUACUCCCUGGACGAGUCCGCACCCGCCGGCGGCGACGGCGGCUGGUGGCUGCCGCCGCCCGACGUGCUGACGCAGCUGGCGGCGCCGCCGGAGUGCCCCGUGGCGGCGCCGGACGGGUCGCUGUACGGAGGCGGCCGCGUGGAGCCGCCGCCGCCCUCGCCAGGCGGCGGCCGGCAGCUGCCCGACAGCCUGCCGCCCAGCCCCGGGCGGGCGGCGGCUCACGACGAGGAGCUGGAACUGGAGGACGACCCCGAGGAGUGCGCGCCCGUGCUGCUGGAGGGCGAGGAUGGCGGGCGCUCGUUUGUGAUGCCGGCGCAGCCCUCGCCGCGCCGCGACCCAGCCGGCGAUGACGGCGACGGCGACAGCGCCUUCAGCUUCGCCUCGCCCCGGGCCGCCGCCAACAGCCUGCCCGCAGCCGCCGCCGCCACCGCCGCCGCUGCUGCCGCAGCGCCGCUGGCCGCCGCCGGCUCCGGCUCUGCCGCCGGCCUUGGCUCCGGCCUCGGCUCCCUGGGCAGCGGAGCGGUGGCGGCGGCAUCGGUGGUGCCGCCGCCGCCACUGUCCGUGCUCGGGUCGGGCGGCGCCCGCGCGUCCGAAACGUCGGCGCCGCAGGAGGGCGUGGCGUCGCCUUCGGCGGUGCCGCUACCGCUGGGCGGCGGCGAUGGCGACGCGGACCCGUUCUUUGGAGCUGCCGUCCCUGCCCAGGGUAGCGGCGGCAGUGCGGAUGCGGCGGUGGCGGUGGCUGCGCCGCCGCCUCCGGCUUACGCGGAGGAGGAUUUCUUCUUUACGCCGUCGACGGCGGCCGCCGGCAACGGCGGCAGCGCUGGACAGGGCGUGGCGGCGGCCGCGGAGCCGGAGGGUGAGGACGCGCGCGUGGCGUGGCGUGUGGCUAACGCGGGCCGCCUCAAGGCGGCGGCGGCGGCGGAGAGCGCGGCCAAGGACAAACUGGGGGCGGAGGCGCGGCAGCGGCUGGCGGCGCUGCAGCAGGGGCGCACGGCGCUCCUGAAGCAGCGCUUCUCAACCAACCGUGCCAGUGCCACCGCCACCACCGCUGGCGGCGGCGGCAAGCUCUCAAAGGCGGCGGCCGGCGGCUGGGCGGCGGUGGCUGAGCUGGUGGACCCCGCAGGGAGCGGCGGUGCCGGUGGCGGCGCAGGUGCCGGCAGCGGCAAGGCGGGGGGUGCGGGGCCGGCGAAGGACGUGGCACGGUUCAAGCAGAUGCUGCUGAAGCUCAAGGCGCAGCAGCUGAAGGAUCCGCAGGGGAAGAAGAAGUAGUGGUGCUGUGCUGGUAGGCGGCGUGCGGCGGGAUGCGGGAGGGUCAGAGGAAGGGGUGCUUCCUUCAUCCACCAGCCAGUUGUGCGGCCGCCGGCGCCGAGCGGCCGUCGGCGCCGUCUGCGCCCUUGGACGGGGCAGGCAGCGCCAAUGCACUGCCGUGUGGGUGGUGCGCCCAGAGUGAUUACCAGCUUGGGACUGCAGAAGCAAGAUAGGGCGCGUCGACGGGCGGACGGGGUCACCCUGCCAAGGUGUAAGUGUGGAACCGGGAACCGUAGAACUUCAGGCGCUGUUUGGAUGUCGGCACGAUUGCUGCGACAGCAAUUGUGUCGGACCUCAGGUGUCCCAUGCGGAUCAUCAACUGCAUGCAGAUGGGGCGUACCGUACGUGUCAAGCACGUGUAAGCAUCCAAUGAG